AUGGACGCAUCAUUCGACCUCCCAGACUCCACAGAUUGGUUGUCAACGUCCCUCCCUGUAUUCGAACCGCUUGAAGCUGCCUUGCGCUGCGAAGUCUGCAAAGAGUUCUACAUCAACCCCGUCAUCACGUCCUGCGCGCACACAUUCUGCUCGAUAUGUAUACGAAGAUGCAUAGCUACGGAUGGGAAAUGUCCAAGCUGCAAGACUGGCUGCUCGAGCGACAAGUUGGCGCCGAACAUUGCUGUUCGGGAGGUGGUGUUGCGAUUUCAAGAGGCGAGACCAAAGGCGCUGGAAUUGGCACGUGCAGACAAAGAAGAGGAAGCCCCAAUAAGUAGCGGAAGGAAGAGAAAGCUGGGCGAGACGGACGUGGAAGAGGGAGACAAUAUUAGGCACACACGGUCGCGACAAAUGCGUGGUCAGAGCCGCCGCACUGAGGGAACGGACGAUGCGCGUCUCGAAAUUGCGGACAGUGAGGAUGACGGCGACGACGAGUUUCUCCCCGAAGGCAUGGCGAAGUGCCCGAUCUGUCACAAGCAAAUGAAAGCAGAGCAGGUUUUCAACCACCUGGAUAUAUGUCCUGGCCAGAACGCAUCGCAGGGCCGCAGUACCCGGUCAAAGUACACCCCAUUUCACACCGCCCUACAAAGAAGGCAAAAAGACCCGUCUCCUCCACCUAGCCGAUUAUCACAGUUCAAUUAUGCUAUGAUGAAAGAGGCGGCGCUACGCAAGAAAUUACAUGAAGUCGGGAUACCGAAUUGGGGUAACAAGGACCUAUUGAAAAGACGCCAUAUUGAGUGGUUGAAUAUAUACAAUUCGAAUUGCGACGCGGACGACAACGUGCGCAAGAGGAAGAAAGAGUUAUUGAAAGAUCUGGAAGAGUGGGAGCAAACUCAAGGUGGGAGGGCCGACAGUAAGGAGAGCAAAAUCAUGAGAAAGGACUUUGAUGGGAACGGAUAUGCGAAGUCCCAUAAAACGGACUUUGACGAUUUGAUAGCACAAGCACGGCAAAAGCGAGCUGUGCCAAAAGCGAAUACUUCAGAGGCGACUGCAGCGCAGCCAAACACCGAGCUGCGAGACGUAACGCAAAAUCCACGAGACGCCCAUGCGAAUUUGCACCAUGGUACCGACCACCCCUUUCACCAACCCUACGAGCAAGUACCAUACGCUUCACCCAAUCCAAUACCGCCAGUUAAUACACAGCGACCCUAUGAGAACAACGAAUUAGCACUCGCAUCCAUCCGCGCAAAGGUACACGAGGCUAAUAAUAACGAGGCUACAGCACCAAAGUUGAGGUCUGAGAGCUCGAUGGAGAGCGCGAGACGGCGCAGUUCAGCAAAUGUAGAGGGUAUGAGCAAUCCGCUUGGGAGUCCAAGUAGGAAGGUACCGAUGUUUGCUCUGUCGGAGGAGCCAGUUAGGGAUGUUGAGAGCUCAACUGUGGUGCAAUAA